GCGCAGUCUUUCUGUAUAAAACCCGUCGAACCCACCAUUUUCGUACGUGUGUGAGUGGGAGAAGAGAGAGAACUUAGAGAGAGAAAGGGGUUUUAGCGCUGUUUUUUCCCUUUGGCUGGUUUUCCAAACCCAGAGGUUUUUUCCCUUCAUUUCACCGUUUUUUUAUUUCACGUGGGAAACAAAUCACCCAUUCUUAUUUCAAGCAUCGAAACGAAAAUUCACAAACGCAAAAAGAAAGAUUGAAGCUUUUUCUUGUAAGGAUUGUGCUCCGAUUGUUCAUUUCAAAAACCUGUGCAGAAAAAAGAAAACUAAAUAUUUCUUCUCGUAAGACAUAUAUAUUGCAGUGGAUCAUCCUGAAAGUGGUAUGGUGUUUCAGAUAUGGUGAUGAAAAAGAGGUUGGAGUAUGGUUCAAAUGGAUACCGGUUUCCUGUUGUACCUCGAGCGCCUAGAUCAUCAAGAAGAAGGUAUACCCCUAGUGUGGACGAUAAUCAAAUCUGUGCAUUUGAGCUGUUGGCGGCUGUUGCUGGGAAACUCUUACUAGAGAGUGAAAGCUCUGCUUCCAGUAAUGCUGGGGAGGGGAAAGAUGGACUUGCAAUGCAUGGUGAUGGAAGAACUGAAGAGCAAAAUUAUAAAGACCAUAAGGUAUUUUCAGGGUCCCAAACGGACCACAAAGCUUUGAAGUCAGAGUGCCUUGAUCAAGGAAGCUGUGUGGAAAGCACCUUUUUGCCCAAGGGUGCAUUUCAAGAGCAGAUAAUCAAGAACGUGCCAAUGGAAAAUGUCGGGUCUUUACUAUCAGAGAACAUUUCCAUCUCAGAGAAAGUCUCUUCUCACAUAAAGUUGGAGAGCCCUGAGAAUUUCAAGUCAGACGGAAAUGUUAAAUCUGAAGUGGAAGGCAGGAAAAUUAACAGCCCAACUGAAAACAUAACUAUAACUAGCACUUGCAGUGUAAAGGAUCCUAUAAAAAAUUACUUGACUACUACCACUACUAAUAAUAAUACCAAUAAUAAUAAUAAUAAUAAUAAUACCGUCAAUAACUCAGAUUAUAGUGUAAAGAUGCCCUUGUACAGGGACAGUGUCCUUAGUGCUUCUUUUGCAAAGCAUAGGAAUGAUGUAAAGUUAGGUAUUAGGGAUGAUGGCGAAAAUUUGUUCAGGUGCUAUAAACGCAGUAGCACCAACAAGAUAAGGGCCUUAAGACAGCGGGCCCGCAUCGGGUAUAGAAAAACACGGAAGUUGCUGACAUCAUCUAGACGCUGGCAGGUUGCUCCCAAGUUGAAAGAAUGUGAAUUCCCUGAUCGCCGCAAGGGGGUGAAGGUGCAAUAUGGCAAUGGUAAAAGCAGUUAUGUGCGAGAAAGAUGCCGUGCUGACUAUCCUCCCAAGCGAAGGAAAUUGUGUAGCCGUAGCUUUGCUAUUACCUAUGAUCAAGAGGCCAGUAGUGAAAGCAUUACUAAUAUGCCAGGGAAGCAAAUCGGCAGUGUAAAUGAUUUUGGAUCAGCUGUGAUCACCCACAGAGGAAGUGGGACUGCAAAUUCGGUUAAAGGUCUUCAGAAUUGUAAGGACUCCAACGUGAAGUUCAGCAUCAAGUCAUUUAGGGUGCCGGAGCUUUAUAUUGAGGUCCCUGAAAGUGCAACUGUGGGUUCCUUAAAGAAAACAGUGAUGGAUGCCGUGACCACUAUUCUGGGCAGCAGUUUACGGGUUGGGGUGGUUCUUCAUGGGAAGAAGGUCAGAGAUGAUGGUAGGACUCUACAGCAAGCUGGCAUUUCUCAAAACGGCGACCUUGAUGCUUUGGGUUUUAUGUUGGAGCCAAGCUUGUGCCAUGUUUCUUCCUCGUCUCCCAGAGAUCCUCACCCUCUUCCAUUACUCUCUGCUACGGCAAAAGAACUGUACGGAAACCAGGACGGCCCGAAUUUGGAUUUGGCACUCUCAGCCAUUCCACCCAAUCCAUUUCCUGAGGUGAAGUCGGACAAAUGUGACGAAAGUAACCCUGAGCCCGUUUCAUCGUUGUUGGAGGGUCCCACAACGAACGUGGAGUGUUCGGACUCUAAAGCUCUGGUUGCGGUCCCACAAGCGAACGCCGAGGUGCUCUCUGUGGCUCCCUUGAACCAGAAAAGGUCACGUUCUGAGUUGUCACAGCGUAGGACAAGAAGGCCCUUCUCUGUUGCUGAAGUCGAAGCAUUAGUUGGAGCGGUCGAACAACUUGGAACUGGAAGGUGGCGCGACGUGAAGAUGCGUGCUUUUGACAAUGCCGAUCACAGAACGUACGUCGACCUGAAGGAUAAGUGGAAAACAUUAGUCCACACAGCAAGCAUUGCCCCCCAGCAGAGGAGAGGGGAGCCGGUCCCACAGGAGCUUCUGGACCGGGUUUUGGCGGCCCAUUCCUACUGGUCCCAGCAUCAGGCCAAACAACACGGGAAGCCGCUGCUGCCGCCGGUUCACGCCGCCACCGGACCGGUUCAGGCGGCCGUGGAGGCCUGAUGAUGAGGAAAGAGAGAGAGCUUGAGGGGUUGUCUGGCUUGUGUCUGGUGGUUUCUGAAAAUGUGUAAAGAAUUUGAUUUGAUGAUUGUUGUCAAGUAAUUAAUUAAUUAAUUGCAGAACAUAAGAAUUCUUAGGAAAGAUUCAUAUGUUUCUCUGUUUUUUUUCGAACAUUUAUUUUUCCUUCUUUUUCUCACACAUUGAUUUGGUGCAUGGCAUUCCACCGUGCUGUGGUGGUCUGCCGGCCGUUGUAAAUGAAACCCAAAAGGAAUAAAGCUUACUGUUAUAU